AUGUCGGACAUUGAAAAGAGCCCCGAAAAGGGCCAAUCACCUGAGAAACUUGAACCUACGACUCGAACUAAGAUCCCAUACUGGCGAAUGAUCUGCGACCAAGGUGUUGUCACUCAGGAAAUUAUCGACUAUCCCUAUGUUGGAUCUGGAACAGAUGAGGAUCCCUACGUGGUGACAUGGAUUGACAACGAUCCUCGUAACCCUAUGCUUUUCAGUGAUGCAACCAAAUGGGGAUAUACCAUGAUCGUCUCAAUUGCGACCCUGGCUGUAUCAUUGGUCUCAUCUGCAUACACUGGAGGUGUCCAGCAAAUCGAGGACCAAUUCCAUAUUGGAGACGAACUUGCCACGCUCGGUGUUUCGCUUUUCGUCUUGGGUUUCGCUAUUGGACCAUUGCUCUGGGCUCCUAUGUCGGAACUUUUUGGUCGCCAGAUCCUCUAUGUCAUCACCUACGCUGCUCUUACCCUUUUUAACAUCGGAACAGCCUGUGCACAGAACAGUUGGUCGCUGAUUAUCCUUCGAUUCUUCGCUGGUUCUUUUGGAUCCUCCCCACUUACCAACGCUGGUGGAGUCAUCGCCGAUAUGUUCCCCGCAAAGCAGCGAGGUUCCGCGAUGAGUCUCUUCGCCUCCGCACCAUUUCUCGGUCCUGUCCUUGGACCUAUCAUCGGUGGUUUCUUGGGAAUGAAUGCUGGCUGGAGAUGGGUCAUGGGCUUUUUGGCUGCCUUCUCUGGAGUUGUCUGGAUUGUGGGAUCUCUACUUAUGCCCGAGACAUAUGCGCCUGUCCUUCUUCGACGCCGUGCUGAGAAGCUUUCUAAGCUCUCAGGUAAGAUCUACCGCAGCAAGAUUGAGAUCGAUCAGGGUAAGGUCUCUCUUACUGAGGCAUUCAAGGUCGCUUUGUCCCGCCCCUGGAUCCUCCUCUUCCGCGAGCCCAUUGUCUUCCUGUUGUCGCUCUAUAUGGCUAUUGUGUACGGUACACUGUAUAUGAUGUUUGCGGCAUUCCCUAUUGUGUAUGAGGAGGACCGUGGCUGGAACCAGGGUGUGAGUGGAUUAGCCUUUUUAGGUAUCAUGGUUGGUAUGCUUGCUGCAAUUGUCUACAGUCUUUGGGACAAUAAGCGGUAUAUCAAGACCGAGGAAAGGCACGAGGGCUUUGCUCCCCCUGAGGCUCGUCUACCUCCCACUAUGAUUGCUGCCAUCACGAUCCCUGUUGGCUUAUUCUGGUUCGCCUGGACCAACUACCCUUCAAUCCACUGGAUGGCCAGUAUCGCAGCCGGUGCACCCUUUGGCUUUGGAAUGGUGCUUGUGUUCCUCGGUAUCAUGAACUAUCUCAUUGAUGCAUACACCAUCUUUGCAGCUUCCGUCUUGGCCGCCAACUCCGUUCUGCGUUCAUGCUUCGGUGCCGCAUUCCCUCUGUUCACUACUUACAUGUUUGACAACUUGGGUAUCCACUGGGCCUCUUGCAUCCCCGCAUUCUUGGCUCUCGCUUGUCUGCCCUUCCCCUUCUUGUUCUACAAAUACGGAGCUGCGAUUCGCAAACGCUGCAAGUUCGCCGCUGAGUCCGAUGCUUUCAUGCGCAAGAUUCAGGAAAUGGCCAAGGCCAUCCCCUCUGAGGAAGUCGACGUCAAGUUCGAUCGCACCGAGGCUCCGGCGCCCAAUGAACCCCUGUCCAGCGACUCCGACGAAGGAUCCGCUGUGCAGCGAAGCCGCAGCCGUGCCCACUCCACAGCUUCCUCCUUAAACCGAGUUCCUACCUACGAAGGCAAUCCAUUUGAUAUGGAUCGCGUCAACACCAAGGACUCCUUCAAGAACUAA